UGCCGGGGGCCAGUGGCGAGGUAGUGAAGGAUUCGUCCAUCACAUGUUAUCUGUUUCUGUUUCUGUGGAGAAUGAGCUGCUGGGGAAAGACUCCACACCUCACCCCUCGUCUCUUGGUCGCGCCUUGUUUUGUCCUUCGGUGCUCUGUGCGGCGGGGUCCACGCGUGGAGGAGUUCCCGCAGGCCCACCCCUUGAGCCAGGUUGCAGGACCUGCUGGCCCACUUUCCAGAGACUGGGGAAGUAGCCUUGAAGCCGUUGGGUCACCCUGUAGCCCUUCGCAAAGCCUACACGGAGCCUGCUGCCGGAGACCCCGCCAUGGUCUAACUGGUUUAUCUGAAGUGGCGGACUCUUGUGGCAGUCUGAUGCUUGGAUGUAAUGGAUAUGGUUCGGGUGGAUCGCUGUAUUUUCUCCUGCUGGUCCUGGUCUGAUGGGCAAGCAAUCUCAACUAGGAUCUGCUCAUUUUAUUUCUCUACUCAUAUCAGGCUGAAAUACAGGAGAGUGGACACAGCAACGGGAGUACUUUGAAAUAUGCGUUGUCAUUACAAAAAAGAAAUAAUUUUAAACUUCAGCGCUAUAACUAAUAGUGGUAGUAAACGAUUUUUCCUUUAGUAAGUCUCUUCAGAUGCUGUAAUAUAUUAUAGAUAGGGUGCCUCAUAAACGCCAGAAAUUUUCUCACAAUUCUGGAGGCUGGAAAUCCAAAUCAAGGUGGUUUUGGUGUAAAGUCUUAUUCAUUCAAGACAUGACGACACGGACUAGGCCACCAACUGUGGCCAGCCCAAAAGAGUAUAUUCUUGUCCUUAGGUCUGUGUUUUUCUGCUCCUGGCUGCCAUGAGGUGGACAUUUUUCAUCCACCACGUCCCUCUGCCAUGAUGUUUGUGCCUUGCAGACAGAUGAUAUGGACUUAACCCUGUGAGCCCAUGAGUCAAAAUAAACAUCUCCUUUAAUUUGUGGUUGUGAGGUAUUUUGUCCUAGAAAGUGAAAGUGACUAACAUCCAGUCUUAGGUAAACUAUAGUCUCCUAGAAAAUAAAUUAAUGUCUCCUCAAAGACUUGUUCCUGUUACUGUGCUAGCAUGGGAUGUGUGUGGGGAAGGCCUGUUACAUGUACCCCUGAGGGAAGUACAGCAGGGAGAGGAAGUUGAGAUGGAAAAUUCAACUUUAUUGUUCCUGUGUUGUUUAAAUGUUUUACUCUGCAUUGCUUUUGUCAUUGUAAAAGAAGGUCAGACCAUUUAUAUUGAUAAAGAUAGUGUAAAUGGUAUAAUAACAGUAUACACCUUGGUCACAGGGUCUUCUGUGGCUGUUCCAGUCAGAUCUUUCUUAGUUCUAUGCAAGCUGUGACUCACAGACCUUGUGACCAUUCAUUGUGAUGUGUCAAUGUCACUGGAAUAAAAAAGUCUACCAAAUUAGUAAGGCAUAAUGUCUGUGGGUGAUUGGCUUUUAAGCCGGCAGACUGAGGAGGGAACACCCCCUAGUUUUAUGUGGUACUAGUCAAUAGACUUGCAGUGGAGAGUGAAUAUCAAUGGAGGAAGAAGGAAGUGUGUCUGUUUUGAAGAGCUCCAGUCUUUCUGGGUGCUUGGGCCCUUUCCUGACUUCACCUUAUACAUCCGUCUCCUGGUCUCUGGUUUCUUUGACCUUCCAAUACAGACUCGCAUCUGUGUCCCUUCAGUGAGCUUUAAGGCCUUUGACCUUGAACUGGUGCUACGUCUUUGAUCCCUCUUGUUCUGCAGCUUUUAUUUUUGCAGCUUAUCUUUGGACAAGACUACCUGGUUCUCCGGCAUGACUCUUCUGCCUCUGAUGCCAUUGAAGAUGGAAGAACCCCAGGAGAUUUUUCCUACUGGUGGCUAUGAGAGUGAGAUAGUGAUGGAAAAAUACGUGGUAGACUCCAAGGAAUGUGCUUCUCACGUGCAGCUGGCCUGCAACGCACAGUUCUGCGCCUUCCCUUUGGAUGGAAACCAGCUCUGCCUGUGGGGCUGCAGGGACCCUGCUCACCAGCUUCUGAUUCUACAAGGACACUUCCAGUCUAUUACUGCGGUAGCUUUUGGAAACCAAGAGACUCCGCUUCUCAUCUGUUCUGCGUCACAGGAUUUUGUUAUGUUGUGGGACCUGGAGGAGUGUAGAGAAAAAAUAAUUCAAGGGCUGCUUCCUCGUGGGACUGUCAUGAGCACCCUUCUGGGGAAAGUGCUGUGUAUAAGAUUUAGUCUCAGUGAUCAUGUGAUUGCAGUCGGUUCUGGAAACACAGUAUUCAUGCUGGAUGUCAAGAGUCAUUCUGUGCUAGUAGAGCUGGCAGGCCAUCAGGGCUUAGUGACUGCUGUGGAAUUUUGUCCUUGGCAAGCACAUGUGCUUAUCUCGUUGUCUGAAGACAGAAGCUUUAAGGUCUGGGACCAUUUUAUGGGAUCAUUAAUAUUCAGUUCAUCCAUUUUAACAGCGCAUCCCCUGUUGAGUUUGCUCUUCCACGAGGAAAGUAAGCAGUUUGUUACUGGGUGUGCUGAUGGGCAGCUUUGGGUUUUCAGUUUGAUUGAAGGACAUCAUUACCGCUGUGUAGCCCACGUGGACCUGAGCAAGAAAAGUGAGACUUUUGUCACCAGGAGGGCAAAGUCUGGAGUUCACAGCCUGCCUGCAGGAGCCGGUGAGCUGGACCUGGCAGCAAAGCCUGAAGCGGCCAGACCUGUCCUGAGCCUCUCCCACUGCCGCCUUCCCCAGGGGCUGAGUUCUGGAAGCAGUGGCCUGUCUGCUGAGAACACCAGGUGCCUGUGGAUUGGAAGCACAACAGAGUUAUUCAUAUUUAACUUGGCGAACUUUGAAGUGGAAGCUGUUUUACAUUUCAAGGAUUUUAGGAGCCUCAGUGUUCAAGUUGCUGGAUCAUGUGCAGUGAGUAGCGAAACUGUGGACCAUAAGGUAUAUUGCUUACUCACAUCCAUGUUUGAGAAUAAGAUUGCUGUGUUGGAAAUCAGCCCAGCAGCGCUGUUGAGGUCUCAACAGUGUCUUGGCCCUGGGAAGGCUCUCUCUGUGCUAGCGAGCUCUUGUGUCUUACCAACUUCUCCACUGUAUUUUGGAACUGUUAAGGAGAAACGUACUAAACCUGCUACACAGAAACAGUCUGCAGCCGUGCAGAGAGUUACGGGGGACAGGCCCGUGGUCUUCCACACUAAAGUCAGGUCAUCUGGAUAUGCCUCAGCACCUCAUGUAACAAUGUUUUCACCAAAGACUAACAUCAAGAAUGAUGGUAAAAGUUCACUAAAAUGCAAGAACAGUUAUAAACGUGAGGAAUAUCCUUUGGAGAAUUUUCUGCCAAGCAGACUGAACAAACAGGUGGCCCUGGCCCAACAGCCAACUGCUGUGAGCUGUAUCCAGUACUCAGGAAAUGGGCAGUGGCUGGCCUGUGGCUUAGCCAACUGUCUCUCCCUGGUUUUGGAUGCCAGUCUUAGUGGAACACCUGCUGCUUUUUCAGGUCACGACGGAGCUGUGAGCUCCAUCUGCUGGAGCCAUGAUGGGAAGUGGCUGCUCUCUGCUGCCCGGGACUGGACUCUGAGGUUGUGGUCAGUUCACAGGAAGGAAGUCAUGCUGCUUCUGGGCAGGGAUGUGCUUCCUCGGCCUGUGCAGGCAGCACGAUUCUACUACUUGGACACCUUCAUCCUGCUGUCUUGUGGUCCAGAACUGUGGCUGCUGAAGUAUCAUCUUGAUACCUGCAAAGAUGAGCUGAAAAGAUAUAAAGUGAAGAACAGUUACAAGCUCAUUCACCGCGUCUCUCUGUCAAACGCAGCUGAUGUGACCAGUUUGUCAGCAGUGAACGACUUCUACUCCUAUAUUGUUCUCACAGCUGGCCGGGACCGGACUCUGGAAGUUUUUGACCUCAAUGCUGGCUGUAGUGCUGCGGUGAUAGCAGAAGCCCACUCCCGGCCUGUCCAUCAAAUUUGUCAAAACACAGGAUCAUCAUUUACGACCCAGUUAUCUCAGGCCUACAAUCUCUUCCUGACCACAGCCAUUGGCGAUGGGGUCGGCCUGUGGGACCUGAGGACUCUGAGGUGUGAGCGCCGGUUCCAGGGACACCCAAACCACUGCUAUCCGUGUGGAAUGGCCCUCAGUCCUUGUGGCCGGUUCAUGGCUUGUGGAGCUGAGGACAGACAUGCUUACCUGUAUGAGCUGGGCUCCAGCACUUUCCACCACCGGCUGGCAGGGCACACAGAUACCGUGGCUGCAGUGGCCUUCAACCCGGCGGUGCCCCAGGUCCCCAGUGUUUUCCCACACUGCAAAGAACCAGGAGGGGAAGCUGUGUGCACCAGGGCUCCGCUCGUCACAGCCACCCUAGAUGGGAAACUCCAGCUGUUCUUGCCUGAGUGACUGUUGGCCGGAGGCACCAGGAGAGAGGGUGCAGCAUAGUGGGAACACAGAGCCUCAGCACCUCACUGCGGAGACUGGUGUGGGCUUGCUGUUGGAGUCCCUUUCCACAAGGCCUUCUGCCCAGUGUGCACCCCACUAACUUGAUGGCUGGCUGAGUGUCCCCAUCCCUUGAGGGUCCCUCCUUGAACAGCGGGAAUGGCUCCUAGUGCUUUUGCACAGACUGAAGUUAAAGCAGAAUAUUCUUCAAUAAAAAAUAAAGUAGC